CUGGACAGCUACCUUCUCCUUUCAAUCUCAUUUUUUCUCCGACCAAUUUUCAGACGACCGACACAAUGGGCUGCCUCAACUUGACCUUCCUUCUUGAGAGCGGCGCAUUUGCCGACUUUCAUCUCAUUUGCACCGAUUCGGAUGGAGUCGAGAAGAAGUUUUCGGUGCAUAAAAACAUUGUCUUCACGCAGUGUGUGAAGAUAAGAGACCUGGCCACCAUCGCUCCCAUUAAAAAGGGUUCAGACGGCGUCGAAUUUGCACACCUCGAAUACGAUCCAAUCCCGUUCGGCGCCGUCCUCCACUUUCUCUACUCCGGUGAGUACGAGGCUGAGUCGCAGCCGGCGACGCGGAAGCGAGGCGAAAGCGAGCGAGACCUUCACGACAUCCCUCAACCGCUCUUCUACUCCCUCCGGGCCCUCAAACUGGCCCACGAGCUUGAGAUCUUCACCAUGUACGAGGAGGCGGCUUCGGCGUUGCGUUUCUCAGCAGAGUAUUACACACACCACGUCGAUUUCCCCGGCAUGGUCGAUGAACUUUACAGCACGUGCUGCCAGCAUGCCCAAUUCGACAUGUACCUCAAUAGAAUCGCUGGGGUGAUUUCAGAGAACUCUCUUGUCGACAGACGCUUUCAAGACCGUUUGAAACCAACCAUGCUAAAACACCCACGGCUUGCUCUCGACGUAAUGGAAGCAGCCUUCGAAGCUCUCGCCGAGACUAGGCGAGAACUUGUGCGGGCACAAGAAGAGAUCUCAGACAUGCGGGCCCAGGGCUUCGUCCGGGAUGAGUUCUGGGCCCAGGCGGAGAGGGAUCGUCAGCGGGACAGAGAAAUGAAGCAAACAACAGCGGACAGGUUCGAAUACCGAGUGGUGCGUGGCAGCCUCAAGAGAAGCCCAUCCUCUUAGGAAAAGAAAGGAACAGGAUGGCAUAAUGAUAGGAUAAAGAAGUGUAGCUCUGUUGCAUGAAUACCAGGCACACUGCAAUUAAUGUCCUAAGUGACGAGAUGGAAAAGGGCCAGGCUUGGUAACACCCAUCUAUAGAACUUAUAGGCUGUAU